AUGCCUCAUCCUUGGAACACUGCCGAUGCAUUAGACGAUAGUCGGGUACAAGUUGAGCACAUUGAUUUAGUUCCUCCAAAGUAUGCAAAUGUACUCAACUUCAGAUCUAUUAAAACUAGAGAUUAUUAUUUUGCAAUGAGAGAUCGUCAUCAGCAGUUGGGCGCAGUCACAUCUUCAAAAGCUGAAACUGACAAAUUGAAUAAACACUGUGAGGAGAACACGAUAAUGGUGGAUCAAGACGGAGUAGAAACUCCAGCUGAUUAUGGAACAGAGAGGAUGGUUGCACAUGCAAUAGAAGAUCACCGACUUGCCGCCAAUUUGCAACGAAUAAAAGUUCAUAUUCUGAAUGCAGUUCAACAAAAAUCAAUUCAAGCUAUUCGUGACCGCCGAGGACUUCUAGUGGAUGCUCCAACUGGAAUCGGGAAGACUUAUGCGUUUCUUAUUCCGGCGAUUGAAAUUGCAUUGAGGGAGCGACCAUUGCUUACCAAUAUUUCAACCACGCCAUCACCAACUAUUCUUAUUCUUGCAAAUACCAACUCACUCGUUGAACAACUUUUUAAUCGUUGUGAAGUUCUUCUUGGUUUGAUAGAUAUGGAAGAUAUUAUACCUAUUCGAGAUAUUAAAAUUGAAAAACUAGUUGCUAGCUAUCAGUUCACAAAAGAUCAAUGCGAUAUUGCGUUCUGUACGAUGGGAAAGCUGAAAGCAUCGAUCGAGGAUAAAACAAUUCUUCUUGACAAUUUGAAAAUGAUGAUUUUGGAUGAAUCUGAUAAAAUGAUUGACAUUGCAUGCUUCGGAAAUGACAUUGAUUGGGUUUUAGACCAACUACAAGAGGAUGUGCUCAGAAAUCUUCAAUCUUGUUUCUUUUCUGCGUCUCACAACAGAAACGAAGAUGGUUCAAUUGCAUUAACUUCACGUCAAUCAAGAAUGUUAGGUGAAAAUCCAUGGUCACUGAUCCAUUGUCCGAGAUUGCCUGGAUAUAUCACUCAACGAGUUAUUCGAAUUGGUGGACAGCGAGUAAAUGAUAUCCAUUCGAAUCCUUGGAUCGUUAAGAUGAAUAUUAUUUGUAAAUUGUUAGAUGAUGAUCUCAAGGAAAUGGGAAGCACAAAAGAAGGCCCAUGGAAGCAUACUAUUGCAAUUUUCUGUGAAACUGUCUCAAGAGUUAUUCAGGUAACUAUGGCACUUCGUCAGAUGGGAUAUAAUUUCAAACCUGUAUGCAGUAGUGUGUUGAAACAACAACAAGCAAUCACUUUGAAUGAUUUGGAGUUUUGCAACAUUCAUGGAGUUGUAUGUACCAAUAUUAUGUCGAGAGGAAUCGAUGUGUCUUCUGUGAAACAGACAAUAAUCAUGGAAAUGUCCACCGAUUUUCCGAGCUACAUGCAUAGAAUCGGACGAGUUGGUCGCGAUGGAUGUGGUGGAAGAGCUACUGUCCUCAUCGAUGAGCAUCAUUUAUUUGGCGGACCAAUGUCGAAUAUUAUCGAGCAGCUGUGUUCUUUUAUGCUCGAAUGCGAGGAAACGCUUCCCAAUUGGCUUGUAGAAUGGCUGAAGUUGCGUCAAUCACUUUAAUUGAAUCACAUAUCAAUUUCCUAUUUUGUGCCGGUUUUUAUCGCUUUUCUAUGUAUCUGAUCCUGUAUUUUAUAUUCAUUGAACUAAUCGAACUCGUAAAUAGGUUUUAAAAUUUUUUUAUUAUAAAACAAGAAAGGCUAUCCAGCAUCAAAAUGGAUGCUCAAUAAAUUAAUAAAACAAUCAAUUAACCCG